GGAACGUUAGCCAAAAGUUAAAAAAGGCAAAAGUCUUUCAUCCUUUCAAGGUCGGUUUUACAUUGUUUUCUCUCUCUUUUUUUGUUACAGAAAAAAUAAUGUCGGUUUCUUAGUUGGUCAGAACUCAGAAGCACAGCCUCUCUCUCUACUGAUUGCUGCGGCAAAAAGCAACCCAAAUUCAAUAUCUCAGUGAUGGCGGCUUAGGAAUUUAGAUUAGUCUUUUGCAGUUUCUGAAAAAGGAACAAUUAUCCAUUGACUCCACAGUAGAAUUUGAUUAAAAGAGCAGAAGUUUUUCUUGACUUCCCAGCUCAUAGUUUCAUUCAAUUCAUCUUACAGCAAUUCUUCUUUUCAGGGAGUUGGGAAUCACAUUGUUGUCUUUGGAUCGAAUGGAAUAUCCUAGCACACCAUCGUUCAUGUCUCCAGAAGGCUUAGAAAAAACAGGGAAAUCUGUAGCAAGUGCGAAUAUGAACUCAUUACCAUCUCCACUGCAGCAAAGUCGAAAUCUACCCCAGGAUCAUGUUGCUAUACUUUGGGACAUAGAAAACUGUCCUGUCCCUAGUGAUGUACGGCCUGAAGAUGUUGCCGGUAACAUCCGAAUGGCGCUACGUGUCCAUCCUGUAAUUAAGGGAGCAGUCACAAUGUUUUCUGCUUAUGGAGAUUUUAACGCCUUUCCUAGAAGACUAAGGGAGGGCUGCCAGAGGACUGGAGUUAAACUCAUAGAUGUCCCUAAUGGAAGGAAGGACGCAGCAGAUAAGGCAAUCUUGGUUGAUAUGUUCCUCUUUGCUCUUGACAAUCCUCCACCAUCUUCCAUCAUGUUGAUUUCGGGAGAUGUUGAUUUUGCUCCUGCCCUUCAUAUUCUUGGCCAACGUGGGUACACUGUUAUUCUGGUUAUCCCUGCUAAUGUAGGUGUUUCAUCUGCUCUUUCCAAUGCUGGGAGCUUUGUGUGGGACUGGCCUAGUGUUGCUCGAGGUGAAGGGUUUCUGCCCCCUGCUAAGGCAUAUACUCCCUCUCGUGCUAAUCCAAAAGACCUAGCUGGAGUUUUUCGUGGAUGUCAUAUAACUGGUAAUGCUGAUGGUCCUAAUGAAGAGGAGGCUAUAGUUUAUAGAGGAAUUUCUCAAAAGCUUUAUGAUACACGUGAUUUCUCAAUGGUAUCACAGUCAUUUUCUGAAUAUAACAGUGCUUCAGUUUCUGUCCCUAACUAUCACACGUCAUCAAGGUCCAAUAGUCUACCCUGCGCUAUAAAUGAAGUUUUAGGUGCUCCUUGUGACCAAAAUGAUUUGAGCUGGGUACAGCCUGGAGAUUUGAAUGGUUUGAAGGGCCAGUUAGUAAAGAUGCUUCAGUUAUCUGGUGGGUGUUUGCCUCUUACUCGUAUUCCUGCAGAAUACCAGAAGAUGUAUGGCAGGCCUUUUUAUAUUUCAGAGUAUGGGGCACCUAAGCUUGUGAAUCUAAUAAAGAAGAUGGCUGAUGCACUCUCUGUGGAGGGUAAAGGCCAAAAGAGAUUUGUCUAUCUUCGGAACACGAGAACUGGACAAAGUCCGCCUUCAUUUGUACUGCUGAGAAGGGAAAGAAAAGAAAAAAUCGCUCAGGAGGAUACCAUUGAAUUUGCAGCUGGUACAGGAUCUUCGGAAGAGUGUUCUGAUGAGGAGAGGGUUGGCGUAGAACUGAAGGAUAAGGCAGGAGAGCAGUCCACUAUGGGAACACCGGUUCAUUCACAAAUUGUUGACCUAAGCAUCUCGAAAUUUAAGUAUGAACUUCAAGAAAUUCUGGUUAGUUACUCUUGCCGAGUUUUCCUAGGUUGUUUUGAAGCAAUAUAUGAGCAAAGAUACAAGAGGCCCCUAGAUUAUCAGAGUUUUGGUGUGAAUGUGCUGGAAGAGCUUCUUGAGAAAGUUAAAGAUGUGGUUGUGCUGCAAGAGGAGCCUGUGAGCAAAAGGAAGUUUCUUGUCGCUGCCGGUGGCUAAAACUGUUACAUCUUGAGUGCCCUGAUGGUUAUUACCUUUUAGUGCAACUAUGGUUCACAUCUAAGGCGUCUCAUGUUCGGGAAAUUAAACUGUUAACAGAGGUUGUUCCUGAAUAUGUGACUCCAGUGCGGAUACGGCUUGAGUUGCUGCCUCUGUGUAAUUACUGAGAAUCCAUACUCUGCUCUGUCGUAGUUUCCAGAAAUCCAUUAUCUGCUCAGUUAGUCGAACUUGGUUCAGUAAGUAUUCAACUCAUAGUAACUGUUCUGGUGGAAAGACUAUGAACUUACCAUUUGCUGCACUGGUGAUUCCACAAAGGACAUGGAUCUUCAUUCAUUUCCUUGACAAGCGAAAAAAGUGCAGUAAUUUUUUCUGCCUGCCUUUAUAUUUCGCUUCAAUGAUAUGAUUUUCAUAUUCUGCGUUUUGCAAUUUACAAGAAUGUAGAGAAUCAACGAACUUUUUGUAUAAAGUUGGUCGGAAAAUACACACUUUGGCUUUGCUUUUGGAUGUCAUAGCAUUAGCAUCAUGUAAAGAGUUUUAAGUCCAUAAUAUUCAUUUUCUGACUACUGUCUAUGCGACUCUUUCUGUUUGGGGUGUAUUUGUGCAACUUUUAGGCAUUUUUGGCUUCUAGGCACAAAUUCCAAGGCUAAAAAUACACAAUGGGAAAUUGCAGAAAGUCUGCUUGUUUUCAGAAAAAGCAUAAAUUAACAUGAACACAGCUUCUUCCAGCAAAUUUACUUUGCACAAAGAAGAUACAAGCUAUAAUUUUCUAGGUUAUCAGGCCUUAAGCUGCAAAGGCUGACACUAUUGGACUUCUAACUGCAUGUGUCCCAUUGUCCUCGGGCUUUUUUCCAAAAAAAAUUAAUUAAAAUAAACGUGGACAAAUUUAAAUUUUUUAAAAUAUUUGUGGACAGAAAUAUUAAAAUUAACGAUUCGGAUUUCGGAAAUCCG